AUGGCGGGGGAUGACUUGUCAGGAGCUUUGCUCGCAUCAUCGAUAUCAGUCAUUUCUCUUACUUCUGUAUUUAUUGGUACUCGCUUAUGGAUCAGAUCCAGUCUGAAGACGAUUGGUACAGAUGACUACUUGAUUACAGCGGCAUGGGCAUUCUUGACAGGACUCUGUAUAUGCACAAUACUCUCUGUGAAAGUGGGAUUCGGGAAGCAUAUGAAUGCAGUGUCGAACCAAGAUCUUGAGAGAUUCCUCAGAUAUACGACAGGAUGCUCCGCAACUUUUAGCCUUGGUAUAGGCUGUGCCAAAUCGUCAUUCGCCGUGCUUUAUCUUCGAAUCAACCCUCAGCCUGUCCUUCGGAUCCUUAACAAAUGCCUUCUUGUCUUCCUAGCAAUGCAGGCUAUUGAAGAAGCGCUCAUUGUUAUCUUCCAAUGUCGACCUGUCAUGGCAGCUUAUGUAGUACCCCGCCCAGCACAUGCCAAGUGUCUUGAUCUUCGUGUUCUCUGGUGGUGCACGUUUGUAUUCAAUAUGUGUACCGACUUGUUCCUCUUCGUCCAACCUAUUCCUGCGAUGUGGAGGUUGCAUCUUCCUGUGGCAAAGAGGCUGGGGUUGAUAGCCAUGUUAUCCCUUGGUUUAUUGGUUUGCGUCACUUCGAUUAUUCGCAUCAUUUUUGUCACGCGAAUUGGACCCGAUGUUACCUACGAGUUCGCUGAGCCCAUGAUAUGGUCUCAAGUUGAACUGGCCUCUCUCAUCGUAUGUUCUACAAUCCCAUGCCUUCGCCAGGUCAUUCAAAAGGUCCCCUGGAUCAACCAUGCCUUGGGACUCUCGGGCGGUCGAAGAAGUUCGAAUAACUACUACGGAUGGAGCGGUUCCAAGAAGACAGGAGGAUCUAUCCCGCUUAAAAGCUACAGGCAGAGCCAUAAGAAUGGAUACCUACCGAGCAAGUCAAAAGGCAACGCCGCAUAUGGAUUGACAAGUCAAGCUAUUGGCGGCGCACAUACCAAGAAUGAGAGCACGGAGGAAAUCUUCCCACACAAAAUGGACGGCAAUGGUGCUAUUUUGCGAGACAUCAUCCAUUCUCGCUACCAAAUACCAAAAUGGAACAGGGAGCUUCUAAUGAACGGCCGUACAGGUCUCAUCUUCGGCCGGCCUGUAUUCCAUGCCGAAAACGCAAGUCCCGCUGCCAGUCCGAGGCAUCUUCUAGCUGUUGUCUCAUGUGCCGGGCACACCGCACGGAUUGCAUCUUUCCCACGGAGUCUCGCUCAAGUUCUCGAACUCCUCGGCGUCGGAGACAAGCAAGGCUGUCGACAGCUAGAAAUUCCCCGAGUGUCCGUUGUUGAAUCCGCACUGAAUUCAGUGCCUAACAGUUCGUCGAGAAAUACUGUCUCUCAUGGGAACCAAGCGUCAAGCGUCUCUCCCACUGCGCCAAGAAGCACCACGGAAAGGGUCCAGCAAAACGCUCAAUCGGAGGAGUCACCUUUGGCAUUGGGCUCAAACGACGAGCAACCACAUAAUCUUCACAUAGUUGGCCCAGCAGUCACUUCCGAUAACCAGGUUUUGUCGGACUACCUAUCUUCCAUACCCAGUGCCUCAAGAGGUUCACGGAUCAUCAGGCCAGCCAUAGGCAAUAGGUCUCGACCUGUGCUGUUUACUGCUGUACAGAAACGACCAGUUGGGCUGGAUUCAAACCUCACUUUCGCAGAGGAAAGGUUGCAGCUUAUAGAGAAGAUAUUGGAGCCUUUUACCAGUGAUCUUGUUGACGUUUAUUUUCACAAGGCCAAUUCUUGCUUUCCUCUUCUUGAUGAAGCACAUUUCCGUAAGCAAUAUAGAGAGAACAAAUCUGCCAUAUCUCCAGCGCUUCUCAGUGGCCUGUAUGCCCACUCGAUAACCUUCUGGAAUAGCUCUCCUGUUCUUUCCCGUCAUCGAUGUCCUGACGGGCGCUUCAUAUGGAAUCUUGCGACUGAGGCAGCUUAUUCCCAGAUACAUAGAUCUCCUGGAAUAUCCACCAUAGAAGCCUUGAUUCUGAAUAUCGGUGGUCGCGAAGUCACUGCCCUGAUAGGAAAUGGCGUCUUGCUGGCGUCUUCCGUCUCUAUGGCACAUUCACUGGGUCUCAACCAUAGUCCAAUAUCCUGGGAAAUACCGCAGUCUGAGAAGAACCUAAGAAUGAAGAUAUGGUGGGCUCUGUUGAUCCACGAUAAAUGGUUGAGUCUUUCGCAUGGAACCCCGCCGCUUAUCUCUCCGACUCUAAACGAUGUGCCCCAGCCUCUCGUCGAACACCUUUGUGGAGAAGGAAAUUCUUCAGAGCAGGCUCUCAAUGCUUCAGUGUAUAUUGCACUUGUUGGCUUGACCGAGGUUCUGGACUUACACCUGAGACAUGUCCAUCAAUUCAGUCUUUCAGAUGAAUCCACAGAUACGACACAUCUAGAAUUAGCUCUGAAUAACUGGAUAGAGACUCUAAGUGACGAGAUCCGACGGGUUGUCAUUCGUGGAAACAACCUAACAAUUCCUGGUGCUGCCAACCUUCGGCUGUCAUAUCUGACAGUCAGACUCUUAUUGCAGAGAAUCGAGCUUGAAGCUGAGAAGCGAGUUCGUGAUACGGGAGAUAGCCGCCUCCUGAACCGUUAUAUGCAAGCCCGAAGAACUGCAGAGGACAUUCUCAUCUUAACUCAGGAAUUACAGCCCGAACAUUUGGCUGAUUGCUGGUUACCAAGCAGCGCUUUUGCAUUUUCGACAACCGUCAGCCUCCUUCUCCGAUGCGCACUGGAGACAGAAAACUCAACAGCCGGAUUGGUUCAGAGCAGCUCAUUGAAGAUAGCCUCGGACUUGCUGUCGGCUCUUCGUGAACACAAAGAGAAGAAUGCUUGGGAUUUGGGUGACAUAUGUUUGGCCCAACAUGCGGAUGUUGUUGAGAAGCUACGCGCCAUGACUCCGCCUGAAGACUCGAGUGCUGAAGAGGUUAUGGACUUUUCUAGUUUUGCCAUGGCGGAGUCUUCUUACCUCGACCAGCUUUUCCCAAGUUUAUGGGAUCCUCUGCAGAAUGUGUGGUGA